AACACCAUUCGACCGACAUUCAACUGCAAAGAAACACAAAAACAAAAACAAAUUAUCUCCACUCAGACAAACGCAAUAAACAUGUGCUUCACGAAACACAGAAAUCAAAAUACCCUCUUCAAAAUCAGAUUAGGAAUGUCACACUCAUACCCAAUGGGUCGAAGUGAGCUGGGAAGUACACAUCACAUCGACACCCAGCUAAAUCCACAUACACUCUACAAAGCUCAAAACACAAAACACAAUGCAAACAAAAAUACACCACGACACACUCUUCACAGCUCACACUACACCCACUCUCAACCAGCCAUAUCAACGUCUUCAUCUCACCCAAACCCAACACUCACACACAAACACAUACAAACUUUAUCACUCUCUAUACAUACAUUCACAUAUAGUGCAACAUAUCAAUCUCCUUCACCUUCAACUUCACCGUCAUCCUCAUCCUCACCCUCAUCAAAAUACCACACCACACCACACCACAAUACAUCAUAUUACACUGCAUUUCUUUGCUUUGCUUCGCUCUGCAUACCAUCACAUCAGAAAUUAAAACACACAAAAACCCACACACUCAUACACCACCAUCUACAAAACAACAACAACACCACUCAUGAUUCACUUACCUACUGUCAAUAUGUGACUCGCCAAACCUCUCCUUUUCAACUUCACUCGCCUUCACAAUCUUCAACACAUCCACCAACACCAACGUCUGAAAUUCAAAACAAAACCACCAUCAUCAACACAAUGAACUUCACAACUACUAUAACGACAACAACAACACACUCAAUAGCAUCAUUCUCACACGCAAACAUUAACAAAUCAGUGUUCACAACCUUUUCAUGUGUCUCUCAAAAGACCGUCGUGAAUAACAAUAACAUCAUCUCGUCUCCAACAUCCCCAUCACAGACCACUCAAUACAACAUUCACAUCAACACAAACAGCAAACAUAAUCACAAACUAAAAAAUACCCAUACAACAAAAACUUACUUUCAGUAAAAACAACUUCGGUCCUCCCCUCAAUUCUUCACCUUCAUCUCAUCCUAUCACCUACACAACAACCUUGGAUUUUCAACCAUCCAGUAUAACACUAAUUUCAUCCAUUCAUCCAUCUCGAUCUCUCCCUCUCUCGAUCCGCCUCCAAUACACAAUACAAACACCAUUCGACCGACAUUCAACUGCAAAGAAACACAAAAACAAAAACAAAUUAUCUCCACUCAGACAAACGCAAUAAACAUGUGCUUCACGAAACACAGAAAUCAAAAUACCCUCUUCAAAAUCAGAUUAGGAAUGUCACACUCAUACCCAAUGGGUCGAAGUGAGCUGGGAAGUACACAUCACAUCGACACCCAGCUAAAUCCACAUACACUCUACAAAGCUCAAAACACAAAACACAAUGCAAACAAAAAUACACCACGACACACUCUUCACAGCUCACACUACACCCACUCUCAACCAGCCAUAUCAACGUCUUCAUCUCACCCAAACCCAACACUCACACACAAACACAUACAAACUUUAUCACU